UUCUUGUAAAGAGAAAAUUCAAAGAUGAAAAUCCGAAAAUGAAGAUUCAACAACACAAUUUUGCACUCGCUGUUAUCGUUAUUGUUUCAUUGAGCAUUUUUCCUGUAGAAUGUGACGUAAAAUUUCAUAAUUUCACUUAUACAGAGCAAUCUACACAAGAUAAUCUCACCGGAAAUCCUAAUGUUUGGUUUAUUGGAUACUAUAAAGAUAACACUGCUGUUAUUCGCAUUGCUCGAAUUAAUUACUAUAAUGGAGUCACUAGGUGUCUCGAGCAAAGGCUAUUACUUCGCGUCAUUCAACCCAAUGGAGAUGUUAUUAAAAUAGAUUUGAACGACAAAGGAAUACAAGAUUUCAAUUAUUGCAUUUCUCGUUAUAUUAAUCCUAUACGUGUGUACACCCAUUAUUUCAAUACAUUCUGGUAA